AUGCCUUCAAGAGGGUGGAACUCAAUAUGCUCUUUUUGUCUUACACAUCAGUCUUGUUGGGAUCAAAAACCUACUUUUCAAUGCCUGAAACGGGAUGUACUCCCAUAUCUCAGCUGGGUUGGACCGCAUUGUUUGUAUGCUUGCUUGGAGAAGGCUCUCAAGUCGGGUGAUAAAUGGCAGUGUGUCAAGAGAUCUGUGAUUGGGAGACAGUGCCGCAUAGGCUCCAAUGUGAAGGGGGUUAAUUCAGUUGUGAUGGACCCAUGCCACCAUAGGAGGAGACGGUUGUUCUUCUAUUCAAGGCUCAGUCAUUUCCAGCAAUGCACAGCUUCAAGAGAGUGUUUCUACUGCCAGGUGGAAGCAGGGUAUGUAGUUUUUUUGCCGCGGGGGUGA